CGACUUGUCUCGCUGAGCAACGCAUUACGAUGAAUACAUAAAUGCUCGAUGUACUUUAUACAAAGAAAAGCGCAAGGUGUGUAAAAGUGAGAGCGGUGGGCUGCGCCUUGGCCGAGCUGACAUCAUAAACGAACCACACCUUACAGGAAUGAAAGGCACUCGAUCAACCGGAUCGGCGAACGAGACGCAACACGGGAGCGGCGAGAACCGUCAACCAUGGCGUCUGUCGGACAGAUCAUCUUUUAUAGCAUGAUUGUCAUCAUUUUCAUUCUUGCUGGACUCAUUAUCCUCCUUUUGGCUAUAGGGCUAUCAGGUUCAUCUGGUAGCGGCUUGGUGCAAAGCAGUGUUCAAUAUCCAGUGGGCAACCUCUAUAAUUCUGUUGUCCUGAACUGCAAGUUUGUUGCUGUUGACUCCAAAGGGAACGCAGUCAGCAAUAUUGCAAUCACUUGGGCGUAUCAAGGUGGAAUUGUCUUCAAAUAUGCUAGCAAGGUGAACCAGCUGCAGAAUCAGCUCCCACAGUUCAAAAGCAGAGCAAGCCUGUUUCCAAAUGACAUCAUAAAUGGAAAUGCCUCCCUCAUGCUGAAUAAUGUGCAGUUGAAUGAUCAGGGUGCAUACCAGUGCACUGUGAGCACCUCUGCUGGCAGCGGGGAUGUCACUGUAAAUCUGAGAGUUGCAGCUUAUUCAGCUCCAGUUUUUAAGACUUCCAAUGCUAUGUUGAUAGCAACUGCCCAGACCUGGUAUCCACUACCUACAGUCCAAUGGACGAACUUCAAUGGCACCGUCAUCAGUACAAGCCUAAACUCCUCAGCAAACUCUGCGGGGAUAUACAAAAUUACAACUGUUUUACCAUCUUAUAAACAGGAUGACAACUACGGAUUGACAAUUCAGAACAACUUGGUCGUGUCGGUCUGCACUGUAAUUGUUACAGAUUCAGGUAUCACUGCUAAUAACAACUAUCAGUUUAAUGGAGCCAUUCUUCUCCUACCUUACUGGUCCCUCACUUGUCUCCAUUUUCCUAUUCUGUUGCACUGGAUUCUUUCAUAAAAGGAUACAAAAUGGACUGCUGUCUGGAGUGGGUGGAGCCAAACCCCCCAAACGAGCUCAAAGAGUCUCCGCCUUUAUUUAUUCAAGGCUAAGAAGAGAGUAUCUGAUGUUGGACUCUUCCUGAUCUGGUCCGGUGCUGGGGAUUGAUCUCCUUUCACAGUGGCGUGUCACUCUGAAGCUUUCUUAACUAUAUUAUUGGAAUGGUUACUAGCAUCAUAAUGCUUCAAUUUUAAAAAAAGGUGUCUUAAGUUUAUGUGACACGUGGAUGGGUUCAAGUGCUAUAAUGUCUACUGUAUUUAUGAACUGACCUAUAAAACUGUACAGAAGAAAUAUUGCUAUUAUUACUGCUAUGUACACUCUUAAAAAUAAAGGUGCCAGAAUGGUU